UUCAGCUUGCAAUUUGUCGUCAGGGACCAACAGCUGCCACCAAACGCAUACUGAAGAAAUAACAAAAUUCCCAGCUACAACCAUCGGCUUAUAAUCCUGGUGGAAUAGUGAACAAAUGAAAUGGCAGAAAAUGGUAGAGAAUACGAUUCGCAGCAUCACCGUCCGAGAGCGCUGAAGGAACAGCACAACGGCAAAUUCACAGACUUGUUGUCACUGAAUGAAAGGAAGUUGAGGGAUCGAGAGGAGAGGGAGACCAUUGUUCUCUGGAGGCGGCCCAUUAUUACCCUUCAGUAUUUCUUUCUGGAAACCAUUAUAGAUUUGAAAGAAUGGGCGUUAAGGCUAUGGCAACGGCGAGGCCUCGUCCUGAUCACCCUGAUGGUUCUAGCCGUGGCCACAAUAUCCUAUUAUGUUGAAGGAACACAUCAGAAGUAUGUACAAUUUGCGGAAAAGAAGAUUAUGUGGUGUACCUACUGGGUAGGCUUGGGCAUCCUAUCCUCUGUUGGAUUGGGAACAGGUCUACACACCUUCCUGCUCUACUUGGGUCCACACAUAGCUUCAGUGACAUUGGCUGCGUACGAAUGCAACUCUGUGAAUUUCCCGGAACCUCCGUACCCAGAUAAGAUCAUCUGUCCCGACGAGGAGGUCCAAGGGACUAUCUCUCUGUGGGCCAUCAUCUCCAAAGUCAGGCUGGAGGCCUGUAUGUGGGGUGCUGGCACUGCGAUAGGAGAACUACCUCCAUACUUCAUGGCAAGAGCAGCUCGCCUCUCAGGCACAGAAACUGAUGAGGAGUUUGAGGAAGUCCUGGAAAGUGAUCAGAACGCACAGGACCUUCCCACCCGAGCGAAGCUUGCUGUCCAGAACCUGGUGCAGAAAGUGGGCUUCUUUGGAAUCUUGGCCUGUGCUUCUAUUCCAAAUCCACUCUUUGACCUGGCUGGGAUAACAUGUGGGCAUUUCCUUGUUCCAUUCUGGACCUUCUUUGGAGCAACUCUCAUUGGAAAAGCCAUUGUGAAGAUGCACAUCCAGAAACUGUUUGUUAUUAUAACGUUCAGCAAGCACAUAGUGGAGCAGAUGGUCUCCUUGAUAGGUUCAAUCCCAAGUAUAGGCCCUUCACUUCAGAAACCCUUCCAAGAAUACCUGGAGGCCCAGCGAGCCAAGCUUCACAAGUCUGAGGCAGCGGUGGGAGCGAGCGAAAACUGGCUGUCGUGGGUGUUUGAGAAAGUUGUCAUCCUCAUGGUCUUCUACUUUAUUCUCUCCAUCCUUAACUCCAUGGCUCAGAGCUAUGCAAAACGCAUCCAGGUGCAGAAAUACUCCGAGGAGAAAAUGAAAUGAGUUUUAUUUUAUUUUAUUUUUAAAAAUAUUUCUUUUUCAAAAAAAAAAGAGGGACUGCAGAGACCCAGCCAGCGUAGAUUAUAGUAAGUCAUAAGGCCAUCUGCUGCUUUGAAAUUCCACCCACCUUAAUUAACACGAGUACUGUUGGAAGCAGAGGAGAUAGUAAUAUACUUUAUGGUCAUUUGGAGGUGUGAAUCAAUUUGAUUGGUACAGGUGUUCAGAGUACAUUUCUGUGGAAUCUCAUCUUUUUUAAAAAAAAUACGUCUUUGUUUCAUUUGAGACGGGGUUAGCAGAGGUGGUUGGGGCUGUAUUGAGUGGUGAAAGACAACUGCAGGAUGAAUCUAAAUAUUGUAGUGCAGAAAGCAGUGGGUUUACUUGUUCAAAGUUACUGUGAGUGCAGUGCUCGAUGAGAAAAAAACUGGAAAUAGUGAGGAGAAAAUACAUUCCUACAAUGUCUUUCCCUGACCCGGGAUCCUCAUUGAGCAAUAAAUCUUGGAGUAUAUUGCAUGACCCUUUGAGUAUUAUGCACAAAACUUUAAAAUAGAUUUUACAUUAUUGGGAAGCCUUUGAAAGUACGGUCCAUCGCUAUAAUAAAUUUAGUUUCUCCUCUAGUAUUCUCUCCCUCUUAUUUUUCUGUAGGAGCUUUUUUUCCCCGCUUUUCUUCUCUCCCCCCUCCCCCCGCCACCACCACACGCUCACACAUUCUGCAGUCAGCGGGUGGGGUAGUUCAUUAUCGUCAGUGGCCAACGGGUUGGGUUUACACUGGGCUCCAUUUGUCUUGUGGUGAGCUGACAGGUUGCAGCUUUCGAAGAAAAGGCAAUUCCUGUUAACUGAAAGGAGGAAAUGGUGAUGUGAAGUAGUCCACAGUCCAGUCUAUCUCACCCUUGUAAAAGAAGGGGUAUGUAUGUAUGUAUGUCUGUAUGUAUGAAAGAGAGAGAACGUACGGGGUACGUUGCACAGGUAAAUCAUUUGGGGUUUGUUGAAGUGUAGAUAUUUGAUCUUUCCAGCUCAGGAUGUUCUCACGUCUGUCAUCUCCUUUGCAAUAUAAAAUUGGUUGGCCUUCUGCCUGUUUAUUUGGUUCACAAUGAUAGAGGGAAAAAACAUGUUAAUUUAAGUUGUGAAGCCAGUUCAUCUCUUGAGUGUACAUAUGAAAAAUGUCAUUUUUACUCUGUAAAUUUUACAUGAUUAACCUGAUCUGACUUUAUAAAGCUACAUUGCCAUUCCACAGACUGAUGUCCAGUCUCUGCCUGUUGCGUUUUGUGGGGGAUGUUGUGAUGUACUCUAGAGAAGUCUCAAAAGUAGAUGUGCCCAUAAUGUAUAAACUUGAUUAAUGUUCAUAUGCAACAGUUGCUUUAUAAUACCAUUUGUAAAACAAUCUAAUGUUUCUACUGGUAGAAUUGCUAUCAAGAUGAAUUAAGAAAACCAUAGUGUUAUCUAUCUUUGUUUUAGGCCUGAGUGUACUCUUAAAUUUAUUUAUAACGCAAGACUUGAUGCAUGAAAGAGACAUGUUCUCGAUCUUCAGAAUCUUCUUGCGGGAGCUGUUGAACUGAAGCAACUUGAAUUCUGUUUCAAUUAUUGCAUUUCUCAAACAGGAAUAAAAUUGGAACAAAGUUG